AUGCAAUAUCAGUCAACCAGCAAUUUUGACAAAAAUAUGGAGCGAGAAUAUGAUCCUUCAGCAAGACCUCCAAUGUUCAAGCAUCGAAGCCCUUUGUGAGUUGCGCCUCCUCUUCCUAGAAAAUGCAAGUUUCUCAGUACAGCUAUAAAAGUAGUGGCUCAUUGAUUCCUUCGGAUAUGCGAUUAAUACUGAUCGAAGCAGAGUCACGAGUGCUCUUCGAUUCCGCCACAGUGAUUCCUGUCAAAAAUGGUUCUCAUCCAGCCGCCAGAACAUUAUCUGCCUGUGGAGAAUUCCAGUUCUUACGACGCAAGAAAGAUACUGUCAAGCUGUCACAAAUGAUUUUCGGAGGAGUUCCGAGUUUGAAAACUUCAGAAUCAUUCAGAAUACACGUGCUUGAGUGAGUACUGUCUUCUACAAUAAAAUAUAGCUUUACGUUUCAGAGAUGAAGAACAAAUACUUGUCAGCAAAACCUUCAGUAUUCCUAAACAAAGUAAAUUUGGGGCUGAUCAUAAUUCGUCGGACUCGGACUCACAAAAUACAGUCAAGUCAUUAGAUGGAUGGAGAACAAGAGCUUCAAAAUCAAUAAUGACAACUCCGGAAGGAUUUAAUAGAGUAAGUUGAAAAGUAGAAAAAGCGGAUAAAGUAGAAGGCUAGGCCUUCCUUUCGUAAAAAACGGCCGUGCUUAACGUUUGAUUAACGUUCGAUAGGUUUGAUUAAUGGGGUUAUUCAGGCUGUGAAAAAAAUGAUUGUUUUCCGAUUUUUUCGUUUUUUUACGUCAAAAAAUCCAAUUCAGCGAUGUAAAAAAACGAAAAAAAAACGAAAAACAAACAUACGCUGAAUAGCCCCAUAACGUUCGAUAGGUUUCAAAAGUCUGGUAGCCUCAUUAGAAAGUAAGAAAUAGACGGAGUCUCUUAGUUUUUUAAUAUGCGAAUGAUGAGGAAGAAAAGUUCCACUUCAGGUUCGUCAUAUAUCGAUUACAUUUGGCGACGAAGACAAUGAUUCGCACUUCGGAUCUUCAAGUUCAACAAUGAGUUUACCACGAGCCUUUUCUCCGCCUCACAGAAUUUCGAAAGCACGUCGGAGGCAGUUAGCUGCCACAACAAGCCUAAGUGAAACAUGUAGCCUGAAAGAGUAUUUCACAUUUUCAUACCGUUUCUUCCAGCUUCUGUACCUAUCCCUUCUGGAUUGAAAGCACGCUCUCGCAUGAGUUCCAUCAGCUCAUCACAAAACGAUGAAGAUCAUCAUCUUCUUUCUUUGCAAAGUUUGCGCAACGUGGCUCUUGGAAUUCUCAUGCCCACCAGACAACGAUUUUUCCUAAUGCAGGUAAUCACUUAAAUAAGAAUCUUCGUAUUUCAAACAUACUGCAAUUUGUUCAGCAUAUACCUCUCAUCGAAUCAGAAAUGGCUCGAUUUGAAACAAGAAUAAUAACAGCAGCCGGACAUCCGCCUACAUUUCUCCGAAACAUUGCCAAAUGCUGGGAAGAAUUGACUGCUAUCAUUUGUCAGCUCCACAACGCCCCUCGUUUGAAGCACCCUUACUGGUUAGCAUUAAACGAAAAAUGUCAUUUGGACGAAAAAACGUUGGCUUCUGAGUUCUGUGAACAGCUUGCUUUUCUCGUACGGAAAUAUGAUCGAAAGGAGGCAGGAUAGUUAGUGAACGGAAGCUAUUCACAUAUCCAAUAUAUAAUUUCAGCUUCUUAUCGAACUUGGUAACAGCACUAUUAAUGCAUCAUAUGUCUUGGGUAGCAAGUGUCGCAUCUCCGCCACUUGUUAAUGCCGACAACAGGCACAAAAAUGCAAUGUUGUUCGGAAUGGUUACACUCUCCGAAUUAACAUUUCGAUAAUUAUCGUUGCAGACUGCAAAAGAGGGAGCACCAACUAUCGGAUACAAUGCUUCUAUGGCCCAGUAUCUUGAAAUCUCUGGAGCCUGUGGAAAUAUGCGUUCAGCAAAGCUAUGUAUUUUGGGAGAUGAUGUGGAAGUACUGGCGUCUGUUUGUUCUGUCCUCACAUUUUUCAUAAGGUGUUCUGCUGUUCAGCAUAUUGGUAAUGACACAUAAGAAACACAAUGUAAUCUCUUUCUCCCUCUCAGAUAACGAUAUCAUGUGGGAAGUGCCUACUGAACAAUCAUUUUCGCCAGUUAAUGUAUCAAAUUCCCCUAUUUCUUAUCCAGAGAGCACCUCUUGUCGAAACGGAUGCACGUUAAUAAAUUCGGGAGAUCCUUUCAAGUUCGAUGAGACUUCGAGUGUGGCUAUGAUGAGACGACUGAGAAAUAAUAGCCAAACGACAGCCACAACUCCCAUUCAUGCUUCAUGUGAAAUUGUAGAAAAAACUGCUCAAGUGAGAACAUUUUUUCUCUGUUUCAGUAUGCUGGGUUCUUAUUUAAUACAUGAGACGGCUGGCGCAGGUUCCGAAAGUUUUUUCAAUGAUCAGUUUCAUAUCGGCAAUCGGAGAGCAUCACGAAAUGGAACUGACCGGAAUAGAACUGCCACACAAUAUUCUGUGGCAGUUUUAUUCCGGUCAGUUUCAUUUCGGGAUUCUUUCGAGAACUGACAAGAAGUUUAAGUCGAUUAUCAAUUUCAUUCUAAGUUGUCUCUUGUCAAUUGUCGGCGCGUUUUUCUUGUGCCUAUAUUGUAUUUGUAAACUUGCAGAGUGCUUCCAAUGGGCACGAAAGUAUGACUUUUAUUGACCGUAUUGAUUUUCCUUGCUGCCCAACAAUCUCAUCGACAGAUGAGAUGUGGAUUUCUGGUCCUAUUUCCGAAGGUCUAGGUCGAAGUAUGUUCGCUGGACCAUUAAACCAAUAUUGUUCGCAUUUUGUGAUAUCCGCGUUGCUGAAAAGUGAAGCAAAUCUACCUGACGCCUACUCCAGGUGAGGAUGAAUCCUUUUAAUUAAACUAAUUAAAACAAGCCUGACCCCCGGCUACCGCCGGGUUUCAGGCUUGGCUACUCAGGUACAAUUUCAAACUUUUCUAGGCGCCACUUAAGAAAUUCUUAGAAAAGUUUGAGAAUUCCUUGAACAAGUUGUAGAACAGUUUUAGAAAAGUUUUUCUACCUCAGAAAGUUUGAAAAAGUUUUGGAAAAGUUUUUUUACUUCAGAAAGUUUGAAAAAGUCUUAAGUGACGCGAAGAUUUGUGAACAUGCUCGGGCCUGUUUCUAUCGCUCCGUGUCGCAAGCCGUACCCCUUUAGCACGCGGGUGAGUCGCUACGCACCGACAAAAUACGGGCGAGAAACUCAAAUCAUGUUGACAAAUGUUCGCCGUGUUUACAUAUUAUAGGGGUUUCUCACAGAAAUGGCGCUCUGUUCGCAAUCUGGUCGAAUUUCUAGGCCGCGAAGUAAUUUUCCACUGAAAACGUGGCCUAACUUUUAUAACUCGGCCCCGAGGUCACUCAAUUUGCACUGGGAAAAGAGUUUCUGAACAGAGCGUCAUUUCUGUGAGGUGCCCCUACAAUAUAUAUAGAAAAUUUAUAAUUGAAAUCGUCUCUGAUGGGCUCAUUCAGUUUUUACUGUUUUUUCAAUAGUUUUUACCCGACUGAAUGAGCCCAUGACAGUAUUUGAACGGACUUGGAAUGCAGAAGUACUGCAGAAUGUUUGACGAAGUUCGCUGCAAUGAUUCACCUUGUCAUCGAUCUGUAACUAUUCCGUCGUCCUCACAGUCUUCGUCUUCACUCUGUGAUGCUGGAGUACCGGAAAAUGUACUAAUUGUUGCUGACAUUGAUGAAAUGAAUGUGAAAGUUCUGUCAUCUGAAGGAUCGGACGAGGUGACUUCACCAUCUGAAUCGGUCGUCGCCAUGCUUGAGCAGUUCGUCGGCAUUCAUGAUGCCGUACCGGCAACAGCUGAAUUUUUGGUCGGUGUUAUAGAAGAUUCGCUUGCACACAUAGUCGGGAAAAGCUUGACGCUAGUGGAGCUUGUACGCUCAGAUCAAACAGUACGUUUUUCAAUUGUUUCUUUUUGAAUACUUUACGUUCCACAUUUAGAAACAGCCUGCAUCAUUGCAACUGACACCAGAUCGAGUACGAACUAUUAUUGGGUGCGAUCAUUCGGAUCUGAGGCUCAUAAUCAAUGUGGCAGCAGUAUAUUGGCCUCCAGUGCUUCAAUCUGUACUGGGAUAGUAUUCAUACUAUCGGGACAUUUAAUAGUGAAUUCGUUUUUUCGAUAUUCUUUCAUUGAUAAUCCUCGGCUCUGCGUCAAAUGAAACAUGAUGCAACUGCUAAAUUUUUCAAAAGUUAUUUUCGCGGCUGAAAAAUUAAGCAACAUAGAUAGCCAAGAGGGUUUCUCAACAGAAUUUAUUAGCACCUCAAAAUUCUGGCAAUGUCGCUCUACUACAGUCCCUCGUGAGAAAAACCGACCGCGGUUGCGAUCUUUUCCAGUUUAAUUUAGCAAUUAAUUCACGUGGAAAGCGGUAGAGCACGAUUGCCAGACUUCUGCUGCUGCAAUACUUUGAAAUGUCCCGGUUGAAACUUCGGUCUUAACAUCUACUUCUGAUUCAUUCUGUUUUUAUUGGUCAAUAUUUUAACUAACCAUACUAAUUUAUUUUCUUUUUCAAAAGCAUUCCGAGUGUAUCAUGUAAUCCGGGCUUACUAUUAGCAAAUGACUUUCAAAAGUGCCUGGAAUUUUACUGCGAUAAUUUGAUCGGGCUGAAACGUUAAUUGCACGUGGGUCAACAAUGCUGGCUUUCUGAAUCUUAUUUCCCAGGUCUGCGUGUAAUUCAAGGUAGUAUUUCAAGUAUUUCGCGUUGCAGCUCUUUGUUCUAUUAAAUCAUACUUUUCACUGAUUGCGGGUAGAUUAGCGAGCUCGUGAGAACAUUCCUAGAAACUCGCUUUGAACCUCAUCAAUUUUUCUCGGUUAAUAGAUUGUCGUUAGAAUAUUUUCUCUAAAUAACUAUUUAUUUCUGUUUUCAUUGUUUCUUGUAUACUGUUUACUAUUAAAAUAAACCUUCGAGAAAGAUUAUCUGUUUCAAUGAGGCUAGCGCUAGACCGAGAGAGAACUGUUCGAAUCAACUGUCCGAAUCAGAACUGCCCCGAAUCAUAACUGCCCUGAGCAAACGCGCUCCAUCGGGCUCAUUGUUUAUUCAUUUUUGGCAAAUACUGAAUUACUAUAAAAUUAAAAGGCAAUGUCUGAGAAGUUCAAAAACUGCAGAUCACUAAAAAUUCAGAAUGCUUCAAUUUGUCCCAUAUUAUACCCAAUGGGUACUUACAUAACAGUGAUACAUCAGACAAGUUUUGGUCCGGCUCCGUGGUCCCUUGUCCGAUCACGGUAAAAAAAAUAGGUCAAACCUGUAACUAAUUUCAAAAAAAUGCUAGCGUCUCAGACUCAACGCCAUUGGAUUCCUCGCAUCUUUUUGAGUUUAUUUCACAAAAAAUUUGGCACCCCUCCUUUAUGGAGAAAAAAAUUGGUUUGUGACAUUUUUCAGAAAAUUUAUGUUCGCGAACUUGAGAAAAGUGAAUUUUCUCAAUUUUCAAAGGGGUCUGAUAUUCGUUGUUUUUGUAUACUUUUAGGCAUUCUCGAUUUUUUUCAAGCAUUUCGAAAAUUAAUUUUUUCUCGAAAAUUUUGUCAUGACCCCCGGGUCGAUGACUUGGUCUAGUUUCUUUUAAUUCUCGAAAUGCUUCAAAAAAAUCGAUAAUGCCUAAAAGUAUACGAAAACAACAAAUAUCGCGAUCAGACCCCUUUGAAAAUUGAGAAAACGCACUUUUCUCAAGUUCGCGAACAUUUUUCCAUGCAAAAGUACUCCAAAUUUUGUGAAUUUCGUCCUAAAAACCCCUUGAUGUCAAUCGGGAUCGGGGUGAACUUUUUUUUUGCCGACUCGGAAAAGGCGCGCCACUUUUGCGCAAACUUUACGCAGCUUUUGCGCAAAGUUAGCACGGUCUCCCACAGACUUGCCAGAUUUCGGGCCGGUAAAGUGCCGGCCCGGGCCGGGCCGGGUCGGUGAAGUGCCGGCCCGGUUCAAAAGGCGGGAAUUCAAAUUUUCGCGGAAAUUUUUUUUUUCGUUAUUACAAAAAAAAAUUUCGAACUAAAGUUUUAGUGUUUCUUCUUUGUUUUUUUGCUAUUAUGAAUUUUUAUGAGAAAUACAUUUGUUUUUCAAUGUUCGAUGCUUGCAAAAAACCCCUAAUUCUACAAAAAAUGGCUUCAUGCGAUCAAUAAUUCAAAUUUUGAAUUCCCGCUUUUUGAACCGGGCCGACCGGGCCGGGCCGGGUCGGGCCGGGCCGGAGUUUUGGAAAUUUCGGCCCGGCCCGGCCCGGCCCGUGGCAACUAUGGUCUCCCAGGACGCUAAUGCUAAACACAGUGCGCUCGUAAAUUGCGGAGUGUCGUUGUAACUUUUGAAAAUUUGCAGAUCUGAAAAUGCAGUUCAAUUCGAGUUUACUAUCUUUAUUUAUUUCUUUUUGACUUGAAAACGUCUAGAAAACUAUAUUUUAGAGAUUGGAGACCGUUCUUUGCAGAAUUUAAAGUUUUCAUGUUUUUAGCGUCUUUUUCGCAUUUCGUCAAAACUUCAAACCUUUACAUUUCAGCUCAUUUUGCAUUUCAUGAGCCCAACGAACGAUAAAAAUGUUCGCUGAAUCUUUCUUCACAAAAUUCAGGUUCCUGCGGUUAGUUUUCUUGAGCAGUUUUCGAAAGCUAUUCGAAAAACAUCAAAAUCCAGGCCAAAACCUUCAAAUCGAAAUAACUCGGCUAAUUCUCAACGAUAUGUGAGAUUUCUGUUACCAAAACGUAGCUAGUGCGCUAAUUAUUCGAAUCCAGGUUCCAGGCGUACAAGAAAUAGGUGUAUUGUACAGAAAACAUGGAAAGAACACGAACUCCCGUUGAAAAUUAAUUAAUCGGCCGCCGCGUAAAUCGACACAGCCCGCCUGUUGCAAGUGCGGCCCAUUGAAAUCAUUCGCGCCGUGGGAGACCGUGGUCACGGGCCGGCAAUUCAUACAUUGGCCGAGAAAAUUUUGCGACUUGCGAAACUUCGGCCACGUGUGUUUUUUCAACACACGAACUGGAUUAUCUGCUAUAAAAGAUUCUCUGGCAGUUUUAAGUGAUUCAUUCGUGUUUUGUCAUUGAAGUUAAUACAUUUAUUUACUUUGACUUCUGUUUUUAUUAAUUUUCACAGGUUUUCCAUCGAUUUUUUUGUAACAUUCGCUAAACAUUGAGAUUUCCGCUCCGUGACGUCUUCAGAAACCUUACAUCGAUCGGAGUCCUGGCUCAAAUUAUCGAAUACAAUAGUGAGCAACUUUUGGCAAAAAAUCAGAGCCCUCUGUGAUCAAAAUCUCAACUUUUUUUUCGGUUUUUCAUAAAUUUCCCGAGAUAUAAGGGUGUGAGGCCGAAAAGGCCGCAAUGUUCGCAAAAAUUCGGCUUUUCCAGCCUCUAAACUUGGAUCAAAGAUGUUUCAAGCCAAGUCCAAGAAGCCUGCAAGGUAUGGACCCGAUCCGGUUAUUGCGUGGAGUCAACACUUUCAUCAACAAGUCAGAACGCUGAUUAUCGUCAAUUCAGAACGCUGGCAUGUGAAUGCUCUACAUCGAAAGGAUAUGCGCCGGAAACUCUCCUCUCAUAUAUAAUAAAAAUUGGAAGACACAAUUCUCCACGAAUUAAUAAAUUUAGGGCUAAUUACGGCUAAGGGCGCUCCGUUCAUGAAUUCGCCUCGAGUUCCGCCAGCGUUUCCAACGAAUCUCCGCUAA